AUGGCCGGCGUCAGUGUGGUAUCCCCUCAUAAAAUCAACGUCCUGCAGCAAAACGACCGUCGCGAAAUCAUAAUUCUCCGAAAAAACCCUCAAGACGACAUCCUCCUCACAAAAAAGAAGUCGAAACCUGGAGGCAAAACCGCCCCUCAGCCCGUCGCCGUUGCGCGAAGAAACGCCCGCGAACGCAACAGAGUCAAGCAAGUCAAUAAUGGCUUUGCCAAUUUGCGCCAACACAUCCCGAAUUUCAUCGCAGCCGCUUUCGAGUCCAACAGUCGAGGGGGCAACAAGAAGCUGAGCAAAGUGGAGACCCUCCGCAUGGCUGUGGAGUACAUCCGGAGCCUGGAGGACCUCCUGGCCCUCGACGAAAGCACCGUUUCGUCCUCCACCUCCUCGAUACCCUCGCCUUCGACCACCGACGACUUGUCAACGAACCCCACGCCACCGCCGCACUACACCUAUCAGAUCAUCCCCUACGAAGCGCUCAAUGUCGACGACCACAUCCUCUCCGAUCCUAGUCUCAUGGACGCCGAUUUAGAGUUUAAGGGUGCUCAGGACUUGUCCCUGUUGCACGUAAGUGACUCCUUAUCCCCGGGGAUAUACAGUGAACAGAGUUUAUCGCCCGAUACGGUUUUCGGAGACGAUGGGAAAAGUGAGGACGUUCCGGUGAUUUCGCUCAAGAACGAGAACGAGCUGCCGCAGCAGCACAAGACGAAUGUUAUGGAUGUCAUGCAGUGGUGGGAACAGCAGCAGACGCCGCGGUCGACCAUUAGUUAG